CUGGUAUUUAAUGCUUCACAACUCUUGUGAUGAGAAAGCUUGGUAAAGGAGUAGUAGGCUGCUAGACAGGGAAGGAAAAGCCAGCAGAAAACACCACCCACUUUCCAUUGUCAGAAGCCAUCACUGGAUCAAGUAAUAUCAGGGCAAGCUGACGUCACGCCUGUUCCAGAGCCAAAUCUAGUUAUGACUCAUCAAGGCAUUUGCACCUCUAGAAGGCAACCAUCGCAGGAGGCUGAGCGAGGGCCCAGCAGGCGACAAUGGCCAACUGAGGAAGAGGACCAGAGCAGUGAAGCUGGGGAACCGUAAGUGACUGUGGCAAGAGGAAGGAUGGCAGGCCAGGUGUGGGGAUGGCUGCUGCUGCUGCUCUUCCUUCAGCAAGCUUCAGCUUCAGCUUCAGCUUGUGGGAAUCUCACCUGUUUUGCCGACUACAUCCAGACCUUGACAUGCAUGUGGGGAAAUGACCCCCAUGCCUCCAGCAGAGCUCAGUACCAUCUCACAGCAACAUGGGACUGCGGAGAAGGCGGCAACUGCUCCUUCACUUCCAAGAGUGCCGCCGGCGCCACCCAAUACACCUGCUUUGCAGAGCAGAAUAUCUGCUUUGGGAACAACAUCUUUGAGGUGGCCGUGAAGCUGGGGAAUGAGCAAGUGUGUAAGAACGAGUUUGUCUUCCAAGAACACAGGGCUUCUCCCCAGAACUACACCCUGGGGAUUUGGGGGUGUCAUUGCUGCUUCACGCAGUGGGUGGGGGCCAAGUCUUGUCUGCCAGAUGCCCUCAGGAGCCCCAACUUGACUCUUUCCCCAGUUAAGCCGUACCCGCCGUUCAGCCUGAGAGCUAUUGCCUCCCCUGAGGGCUACAACCUCUCCUGGAGCACCAUGUACCAGCACGAUGAGUACUUCUACCUGGACGGGGAGCUGCAGUAUGAGUUGCGCUACCGGCAGAGGGGACAUCCCUGGCAGGGACACAACCAUCUUCUGCAGUACACCGAGACCUUGUGGCUCCUGCCCCAGGAGUUCGAAGGGGACACAGACUACGAACUCGAGCUUCGGGCAAAACCAAGGGAAGACUCCUCAUACCAGGGCACUUGGAGUGACUGGAGCCCCAAGAUGACCUUGAGGACGCUGCCGAGGGCCGUGGAAGACAGGCCAGGAGACAAGUGGUCCUUGUGGUUCCUGCUGGUGCUCAGCCCAUUGGUUGCUCUCGUAGUCUUCCUGGGCUGGCAGCACCAGAGGUUAUGGAAGAAGCUGGACAUCUUCAUCCCCAGCCCGGCUCCCUUUUUCCAGCCCCUCUACCUGAUCCACAAUGGAGACUUCAAGAAGUGGGUGGGCAGUGGCAUCUCCAACCCUGGAGCCAUGCUGGACAACUUUGAAUGGAGCACAGCCCUGCUGGAUGUGUUUGGGAUGGGCCAAAAGCCCCUUCCCCCCAGCCCUGCCAAGGAGCAGCAGAGUGGGGGCCAUACACCCUCCCCUGCUACAUUUGCUUCCCACCUGUCUGGGAGCCAGGAUGCCAACCAUGAGCAGGCCUACGGCCGCCUCUCCAUUGACACCGUCACUGUGGCUGGAGAGUUUACUGCCUGCUGCCCACAGUGCAAGGGGGCCACACCAUGCUGCGCUCUGGAGGAGGGCCAGGGCAAGAGAGACGCCUACCAGGACAUUCUCUUCAGUGGGGGCCAGAUCUCCGAGAAUCUGCUCCUGGUGGACAUGGUCCCACCAGCAGCAUCCCAGAGGAAGGGUUUCUUGUCUGCCUCGGAGUCCUGGUCAGGAGACCCUCUCCUCGAGACUCUUGCUCCUUUCUCGCAAGCUGGCGGCUCCCUGGGCAGAAAAAAGUCUGGGGAGGAGGUGGACUUUUUGGGUUUGCCUCCUGAGCCCUGGACCCUGGAAGGCCUCUUGUCUCCAGAGGAGGAGGACAUGGCUUCCUACCGAGACCUGCUCUCUCCUGACUUGGAUGCAGAUGGGGACCUCCUUGCUAAUGGCCUGGAUCUGGAUACCAUUGACAGUGGCUUUGCAGAGUGUGACUGUGGGAGCCCUGUGGACUCUGAGUUUGAGAGGAGGCCCACAGGCUGUGGGUCUGAACCCCUAAUUGUGGAAAGCGGAGAGACAGGGGAAGAGCUCCUGCCCAGCUAUGUCAAGCAGUGGGUCUCCUCCUGUCACAACAGAGCACAGCCCAGUUAAAAGCACAGAAGGGGAGGCAGGAGCUGAGCACCUUUCGUGGCCACCGUGAAGCUCCUUCACUCCUUGCAAAGAUCUAUGGGCCUUGCUUGGACGCUCUGCUUUCUCCUGUGUAAGAGAGAUGUAAGCAGGGAAGCCUUUGCUGCCACUACCAGACACCUCCUCCUUUGCCCCAGGAGGCCCACCCACCCCGGGACUGGAAGCUGUUUUCCCCCCCUCCUUGGCAAAUUCCUCUUUUUGCUUAAAAAAGUUAAUAUUUUUACAAAGGCUGUGAAAUCUUUGGAUGAAGUUGGGAGUGUCAACCACAAAGCAGACUUCAAGUUCCAAGCCGCAAGGGGCGUACAUGGGUGGGGUGGGGUGA